UCAUCACAGCAGCAGCAGCCUCAACGGCGCGCGAGCCUCAGAGCGCGGCUGACUCGAUCUGCACGACUUUCACGCGGAGAUGUUCUGCUACUGGGGAGAUGACGUCAGAGCGGGCUUUGGCCUGGUCAAGCCUGAUGGGGUGAAGAAGACCACUUCUGGUGUUUUCUUCUGUUCUCCAAAAUCCAGAAUCAAGCAGCUCGCGCCCGGGAAGGGUCUGGUGGGCUUCGUGCGCGGAGAGGGGAACGUGUCCGUCAUCAGAGUGCCCCCUGCUGGCGGACUGCAGUGCGGCAGGCUGAAGAAUCUGGAGCUGAAAGACAAGAUCAGACUGAUGAGCUGCAGAGAAACUCAAGCAGUUCUUCUUACAUACGCAGGCAGAUCGUUUUGGAUGGACACACAUAACCACUGCAGCCCCCUCAAAGAGCUCUCCGGUAGGAAUGUAAUUCAGGUUGUAUGUGGAGACCAGCACUGCAUGGCACUAACCCAGGAUGGUCAGUUCUUCACAUGGGGUCAGAACUCCAGUGGUCAGCUGGGUUUGGGGAAAGGUGAGCCCAGCUUUCUGUCUCCUCAGCCCCUCAAGUCUCUGUGUGGGAUCCCGCUGGCUCAGAUCUGCGCCGGGGGAGACCACAGCUUUGCCCUUUCUAUGUCUGGAUCUGUGUUUGGAUGGGGCAGGAACAGCGCUGGACAGCUGGGCCUGGGGGACACUGAAGACAGAUACAUUCCAGCCUGUGUGAAUAGCUUGACCUUCAAGAAAACAGUCUUCAUCUCAUGUGGAGAGGAGCACACUGCCACUUUGUCAAAGGGAGGAACUGUUUUCACGUUCGGAUCGGGUCGAUAUGGGCAGCUUGGACAUAACUCGUUCAGAGAUGAACACCACCCUCGAGUGGUGGGUGAACUCUGGGGGUCAAUGGUGUCCCAGAUCACCUGUGGAAGACAUCACACUCUGGCCCUGGUUGAAUCAUCAAAAACAAUCUACUCAUUUGGAUGUGGAGAACAGGGACAGCUGGGAAGUGGACAGCGAACCAAUCAGUGUGUGCCAGUUCCUGUACACCUGCCACCAGAGACGAAUCAUGACAAAUCAGUUGAGCAGAUCGUUGCUGGUGGGAACCUUUCCUUCGUCUUGUGCUCUCAGCAGGAAGCUGAUAAUAGCUCAGUGCACCCGGAAUUGAACCGAGGGAGAGGGAUUUUAACGUUAGGAGAUGGAAUGAUUGACAGAUGGAUAUCUGAGUGUGACUCAAAUCAGUGGAAGACAAUCAAGAAAGAAAUGAAAACAGUGUUCUCAUCUGCAGCAUGUUUAAAUGGGAGCUUCAUUAAGAAAAGUUGUGAUGUACAUUAUCAAACCUCUACAAGCUUCUCCGGUUUGGAUAUGGAAUCAGUGAGAGCUGCUUUUGAGCGGUUAGCUCAGAAGGAAAAGGUGUUGUUGGAGAUUGAAAAGAUUGUGGAGAAGGAUCUGCUCCCCUCUUUGGGCUGCACUGCUCUUGGUGCUGAAGCUAUGAGAGUUUACCUCAUCCUGCCCGAGUUCCUCAGAGUGCUGAACAAAGAUCUGCAUGAGACAAAGCUCACUGCUGAAUUGGCUUCUGCCAUCUUAAAGCUGAACCCUUCCAUGCUCCAGGUUUUGGAGAACUACUGGUCCGAGCUCCCUGAUGACUUCUUUAAACCCUUGGUGGAGCUGUUCCGCAAACCAUCUGCAUACUUCAUAUCUAAGAUGACAUUUGACCAACGAAUAAAAUGUUAUUUCAAGUUUCUGAAGAAAUACGUGCGAGUCCUGCAGAUGCUCUACAAGGCAUUCUGUAAAGGCCAAAGAGAAAUGGCAUCCAGGGACUUCAUUAUCCACGAGGUCAAUGAUCUGUUUGAGUUGUUGGAAGCUGUUAAUCAGGAAUUGUUUUAUAUGGGUGCUCAGUGGUUUGUCGUGUUAAAAGAAAAAAGGCAACUAGAGCACAUCCUGCAAAUUCUGAACUCCAGUCCUUGCAUCUUUAACCUGGAGGCCAAAUGCAACCUUCUAAAACUGAGAAAAGUUAGGGAGGUCUUCAGGCUGGAGUUGAGACGCACUGCACUCCUGAAGGACUGUUUCAGUCAGUUGAGAGCUGCUGAUGAGAGUGCUCUGAAAGGUUGCCUGCAGGUGGUGUACUCUGAGAAGCAUGAAAAGACAGACGUUAAUAAGAAGGACUUCUUUUACAAUGUGUUUCGCACUUUGUUGGACCCAGAAUCCAGAAUGUUUGUGUACAACGACACAAAGACACUGAUCUGGUUUCCUGCUGAGCCCAGUUUACAGGAGGAGAACUACUUUCUGUUUGGAUGCCUGUGUGGUCUGGCCUUUUACAACAACAGUGUAGUGAACCUGCCCUUUCCUUUAGCCCUGUUCAAGAAGCUUGCUGAUGUCCAGCCUUCCCUGGAGGAUCUGACUGAGUUUAGUCCUGUUCUUGGAAGGAGCUUGCAGUACAUACUGGAUUACAGUGAUGAAGAUGUUGAAUGCAUGGAAAUGAGUUUCACAAUCAUUUGGGAAGACAAGGAGGUUGAACUGGAUCCAAAUGAGCCUGGGAAAGUCGUCACAAGCUCAAACAAAAAGGAGUUUGUGGACGCCUAUGUAGAUUACACCAUGAACAAGUUGGUGGAGCGAGUGUUUGAGGAGUUCAGGAGGGGCUUCUACAAAGUGUGUGACCAAGACUUAGUGGAGUCCUUCCAGCCCGAGGAGCUGAGAGGGGUGAUGGUGGGCACAGAAGAAUAUGACUGGAGUACACUCAAAAAGAAUGCACGUUAUGAAGGACUGUUCCAUUCAAGACACCCAAUGAUUGUCUCAUUCUGGGAAGUGUUUGAUGAACUGUCAGACAAGGACAAGAAAGCCUUCCUCUUGUUUUUGACUGGGUUCGAUCGAGUGCCUGUUCUGGGUAUGGACCAAGUGAGGAUGAGGGUGUGCUGCCUGUAUAUGUCCACUGAAGACCACCUGCCCGAAGCUCUUACCUGCCAUUCCCUCCUGCAGCUGCCUAUGUACCAAACCAAGGAAACAUUAAGAGCUAAACUCUUAGAGGCCCUACACCACAAGAGGGGCUUCUGGGAAGAAUAAAAGGACUUACCAAGUGUCUUAACGAAUGCUGUAUAACAUAUUUGUCAUAGCUCACUGUAUGUGAAUAGUAGCUGUGUUUACACCUAGGCUUUGAAUUUUAUGAUUAUAUUACAGUCCAUUUACAAAGUAUCUUUCUAUUACAACCUAAUCUGAAAUCAGGGAAAUGUGGUUAACAAAAUUCAUUCAAUAACUUUUGUUAGAACUUUUGACUUGCAUUUACCCAUAAAGGCAUUUAGGAGCUCUUGUGGUCCAUAACAUGAGUUUAUGCAUGUUCCAUUGUUUACAACAAUCAAAGAAUUAGAGCUUUAAAUCAUUAUUCUUAAAGCCAGAGUAUAGUAGUUGGACAAACAAGCAAACACACGCUGCUCUCUUCCCAUUCUCUUUUUCUCGUUUGUCUGCUCAGUGUAUUUUAGCCCUUAAAGGGGAAUUCUACAGAUUUUUCAUCAUUUCUGCAUUAAUAAUCAAAGCCAUUCAGAGUGGUUUGAUCAGAAUGUGUUUAUGUGGUUCUGUUGACUGUGCCUUUAGAAACAACCUGAUGUUCACAAAUCACUUUAUUAGAAACCCCUACAUUACAGCUCAACAUUUCUGGUGUACAGUUAGGGACCAUAUGCUUUUGUCACCCUGUUUGUGUUAGCCCACAUCAAGGGAUUCAGCAAAGGUCAUCUCCUGACCAUUGAACUGCUCUAGGCAAGUUCUUUUUUUGAUGACGGGCCACUCUGAACCUUGCAGUAAUAUUAACUUAGUGAUUUUUCAACAUGUACUAAAAGUUAAUUGGUAAAAAAAAAAACAAUUACCUUUGAACAGGCAUUGUAAAAAUACAACCACGAUGCAUUGCAAAAGUAUCUUCCUAGAGGGCAAGUUUGAGAGGAAGAUUACUCUCAAAAUAUCCUGUGCAUCUAAUAAACAGAUUGUGUUCAUGUGGA